UGAAGGAAGGAGAGAGAGAGAGAGGAAAGGGGUGGGGGAUUCGUUUUUUCUUUCUUUCUUCUUCGUCGUUCUACAUUUUAUAUUACAAAGGCUUUUUUCGUGACGGAAUUCAUCUUUCUCUCUCGCGCUCUCCAAAUUGCCGAUUCCGCUCUCCCUGAAUGCCUCACCAGUGUUCAGGGUCUCUUUCUCUUCUCUUCUCAUCCUCCUUUUUCUCUUUUAAUCCAAUCCUAAUCCUAUCCUCCGUUCGUCAAUUUUACAACACUUUGUUUUUGUUAUUCACAAAGACCAAGUGCUCGUGGAUUUUGGAAUGGAGGAGUAGUAUUACAUUCAUUUCAAGGCCAAGGUUCCAAUUUCCAGAUCACACGCAUUAACAUUAACAUUAACAUGCGAUUUCUUUUUUAUUUCCUCUUGCAGUUAAUUGUGGCAAUCUAUCACCGGAGGAGCGAGGGAAUUAACGAUGGUGGUCGGAGAUUAGCGACCUGGAUCUUGCAGUUGACAUAUGAAUAAUUGAAUAUGCCAAUGUCAAGUCAAUUGUAGCUACUUGUUAUUUUGAUUUUUUUGGCAGACAUGUGAUGGCUAAUCUCCUAGGGAAAGACGAACCCUCUGAAAUAUUUUCUUAGAACCUGCUCUUUUAGCAUGUGUUGCAGCCAUUCAUACCUUGAUGAUAUACACCAGGAUGGCUGUAGUUGUUGAUCAUGCUCAUGGAUUUAGGCCACUUGCUCGACUCCCAAGAUGCAGACUCCAAUCUUACUCUCACUUCGAUCCUACCAUGCUUGAAUUCACCCAUAACAUCACACAUCCCUCCAAUCUCACCCCUAAUUUUCACAGAAGCUAUUCCACCCCAUGUCUUUCCUUAGCCACAAAAGCAAAGGAAGAGUUUGAAUCCCCAAAUCCACGAAUCGAAAUCAUCAGUGGUCGUAAGGCUCCAAUGGUUCACGCCCUUGUAGCCGAGGUUGCAAUCGCAUUAGCAUCCGGGGUCAAACCCAAACCCGUCUCCAGUGGUCUUGGUGGGGCCUACUAUCUACAAUCAAGAAAAGGCAACACUAUUGCAGUCGUUAAGCCAGCCGAUGAAGAACCACUAGCAUUCAACAAUCCUAAAGGGUUUGCGGGUCGGAUGCUGGGUCAACCCGGGAUGAAACGCUCCAUCCGAGUUGGCGAAACAGGGCUCCGGGAACUCGCUGCUUAUUUGCUUGACCAUGAUGGUUUUGCAGGUGUCCCUCCUUCAGCACUUGUCAAAAUCUGUCAUGUCACGUUCAAUAUUAACAAUUCAACUUCAACUUCAACUUCAUCUCCACCCUUCAAAAUCACAUCAAUACAACGAUAUGUAGAACACGAAACAGAUGCAGGAGAUUUGGGACCUUCCGGAUUCUCAAUCAGUUCAGUUCACCGUAUCGGGAUCCUUGACAUUCGGCUUCUUAAUCUGGACAGACACGCGGGAAACAUGCUUGUGAAGAAUUUCCAUGGAAGUUAUGCUGCUGGGAUGGCUGAACUUAUCCCAAUUGAUCACGGGUUUUGUUUACCCGAAUCAUUAGACGACCCGUAUUUCGAAUGGCUCCAUUGGCCCCAAAGUUCAAUGCCCUUUUCAGAAACAGAAGCCGAGUAUAUCUCAAAUCUUGACCCGUUUAAAGAUGCUGAACUUUUAAGAACCGAACUUCCUUUAAUCCGAGAAUGUUCCGUACGUGUUUUCAUACUUUGUACAAUUUUCUUGAAAAGGGCGACGUGUGCUGGACUUUCUCUUGCUGAUAUUGGUCAAAUGAUGACUAGAGAGUUCAUCGGAGGUGAAGAGAAUUGGAGUAUUUUGGAAAAUAUUUGCAUGAACGCGAAAGCUAAAUUGGAGGCGGAAUUAACAACAAACACAAGUAAUGAAGUCAAAGAUGAUGAAAUGUUUGCGUUUGAUGAGAAUUUGAACACAAACGAUGACGUUUCAAUGCAUCCGGCAUCCGUAAAACCACAAAAAACAAUGAAAUAUUCAGCGAUUGAUGCGCGUUUGGCAAGAUUAGUACAAGAAUGUGAUAUAAAAGAGGGUGGGUGUGGUCCGAAUCCGAUGAUACUAAGAAGUGUAAGUUUUGCGGGUCACAACAACAAUCAUGAGAAUGGGGUGUGUGUUUCGUUUGAGGAAAUUAAGGAAGACGAAUGGUUAUUGUUCUUGGAGUGUUUUGAGGAGCUUUUGCCAGAGGCUUUUGAGGAGAAAAAGAGCACGAGCUUGUUUAAACAGAGGUUAGGAAGUUCUUGUGAAUUCUGAAAGAGAAACGAUUGAGAUUUCGUGAACAAAAACAGGUACUAAACUGAUUUUCGCUUUGUUAUUGAUCAUCAUCAUCAUCAUCUUCUUCAACAAGUAACUGUACAUUAUAAACAUAGCCAAAAAAAACUACCACUCAUGUCGUAGGUUGUAGAUAAUUUGUAUGUGUCGGAAAAGCGAAGGGCUAAUCUUGCCAUCCUUUCCAUCUGCCCUUUAGGUUGUCUUAUUUUUAUCAACUUUUAUUUGUAAUUACUGGAAUGUAUGCACAUAUCUGUCUAUCUAAAUAUAGUUUUUCAUGA